CAUCAUUUCUGGAAAUGCAGCGUUUUUUGGUUGUAUUUGUUUUCAGGAUUUGUUUGUUUUUCAUUUGAGGAUUUGCAGCUGUUUCCUGCUAAUGUAUUUGUUUUGGGCCGUUGUUCCGCGUUUGCACCUGCCGGCCACCGUACGAUAGUUAUAUGAAAUACGAUCAAUUUAGCCACGAAUAAUAAUAAUAAUAAUAAUCUAAUCGUUGCCAAUGUUGUUUCUGGCACCUUUCUGAGGGGUAUAGUAACUAAAUAAUAUAGGGUAUUAUCCAAAUAUAACAAAUGAGCUAGCUAGCUGUGAGCUAGCUAGCUAGCUAGCUCACGGCGAGUACUACUUUAAGUAAGUAUUGCUUGCACAAUUUAAAGUUCAAGUAUAUCUAUUUGUAUUAACAAUUACUUAUAUUAACAAAUACUGGUGGUUAUACAUUAUGAAUAAGUUUUAAUAAUACUUUGUAUACAUGUGUUUUUAUUAUUAAUAAUAAUAAUACUUUUAUAAUAGUUGUACACAUUACUUAUUUAAAUGACUGGUGGCAGUGUUUUUGCUUUGCGAUGGUGUGAAAAUACCUUUAAUGACAACAGAAGUAAGUAGGGAUGCCAGCGAUUUUUCGAAUAUUCGUUACAGUCUCCCCAUAAUCGAACUUUUCUUUUUUAAUUCGAUUUUAUUUAUAUAUUUUUUUUAUUAUUAUUUAUGUUUUUCUUUUUUUUCCUGGCUUAGUUUCAACCAAAAUAUAGACUAAUGCUAAUAAUAGUAAUAGUAUUAAUAAUUGUAAAUGGCCAUUGGUCACACCACCAGUUUAUUUUACUGUAAACUUGGAGGAAGCCAGCAGCGCAGACAAGUAGAAAAGUUGUAAACAACAACAAUUACACUGGCAUUGUUUGUUUAGUUUUGAGUUUCUAAAUGAUGUUGUUUUCUCUCAACAGAUCCUGCAAUUUGUUCUCCAAAAAACAACCCUUGAUUUUUCCAAACUCCAAACAACCCAAAGGCACUUUUAAGAGCCACGUCUGUCUUGUUAAACUGUCCUUGCUGUGUUGUACUUCAUAGCCUCUUCCUAUCUCUCUUUUUCUUUCUCCGUCUAACUCUGUUGUCAGUCUUUCGUCUGUGUCUCUGUCUGUGUCUCUUCACUAUAAUGAGUGAUCCUGUUCUCGAGGAUCUCCUGAGAAGCGCAGAUGAGCUGGUUGAGCAGAAAGAGUUCAGGGAUGACCAACGGAGUGCUGAUGAUUUGCUUUGUAAACUGGAAGCAGCAGCAACAGCAGCAACAGCAGUGCUAUCAGUGCGAAAGGUGUGCUGGAAGAAGAGAGACAGUGAGGGAGACUUGAUCUUUGCAAGACCACGUUCAACCCGGAAUGACUCCAAUCAGGCUGGCUGCAGUCGUAAAACUGAUCCCCCCGUUGAUGCUCCUGACUGUGAUCUGGUAUUUGCUCCAGCUAUCGCUCCAGAGACUGUUGAGGGGUUUCUACGAGAUCUCCAGCAGUCUCUGAGCGAUACUACAGGAGAUGAGGUGGUAGCACAAACCCCAAGUGCUUCUCUGCUGGCGUCGACCAACUGGAGCACUCGAAAAAGUUUUUUUUUAGAGAGCUGGAGGGCAGCGAGACCACAUCUGGUUAACACCGUAGUGGCCCAAGCAAAUGUGGGAACACACAUUUGCCAACAGUGUUGGAGCAAAACGUCUGUUGUCCGGUGCCGAGAUUGCCGACCACAUCCCUUCUUCUGUGCUGACUGUGAUGUCAGCAUGCACACCAGACACCCCCUCCACAACAGAGAUGCUACUACUGCAGGUUACUUCCAGCCAUUGGCCCCAACAACACAUGUAGUAAAUAUGGCCCUUUGCUCCUGCGUGCGGUUUGUACCUGUGGAGAUCCCGGACCACAUCUGUGGUUCAGAGUCAUUGAGCCUCAAGCCAGGAGAGACUGUGACUGUGAUCACAAUGAAUGGGAAGAAUGGGAAGAAUGUUGGUCUUGUUUCUUAAGAUAGAUGUUAUUGAAGUUUCUUCUUGAUAAUAUCCAACCCUUCUCAAAGACAUGUGGGAUAGCUUGUUUAUUAAAACUUAACAUGGGUAUUGAGUAAAGAAUACCAAAUGUAUUAAAAACACUGUGUCUGUUUUUUAAGGACGCCAUGAGCUAAGCAUGCCAGAGUUGGCUUGUGAAGCAUGCGCUGCGACAUGGACGACUGGUGUUGACGACCUUCUUCGGAGUGACUACUGGCCAGCUACCCUUCACUUCGCCACCAUUUAUGCCACAGAUGUUUUCUUCUCAUUUGAAGAAAUGAAAAUGGCUGCACCUGGACUAUCCUUUCUGGCAUAUUUAAGGAUGCUAGAUCAGUGAACGUUACGCUUCGGCCGUACUGGAAAGAUCUCAACUGACAGCUUCAUCAAAAGUUUCUUUGAGUGGGAGGCUGUGCGUUAUGAGGUGGACAUCAUGUGCAAGGAGGAGCCCUUCACCUGUCCUGCGUGCAGCCCUGAUAUGCUUGCAGUUUCCGUGGAUGGAAACCGCAAGCAUUACCGUUUCAAGAAUGCAGCUAGAUCUGAGGAACAGGCCAUCUUUGACGGUGUCUUUAUAGCCAGGGAUGAAGACGUCUCAAGAUUUGUGGACUAUAUACACACCACAACCAAACAUUUAAUAUUGCAGACUCUAAUUACGUAUAAUAGAAUAUAAUAUCCUAAUGAAGGGUUUGGUUAUGUAAGUCUUUGCACCAUUUUCAUCAAUACAUUUUUAUAUAUUAGGUCUCCGGAAGAGGUGUUUGUGGAGGACAGUGGUCGGCAGCCAGAGAGACCUCCCAACAAUCUGCCAACAAGCUGGAUGAGGAGGGACUAGAGCUUGCCGUCUGUCGACAUGGAGUGCUCCUCUGUGCCCUCAAUAUGUACAGGGGAGAAAUCUUUGCUUAUCCCUUGUACCUACAGACAAAGCUGGCCAGUAGUAUGUUCUUUUGCAUGGAUGUGACCUGCAAAUAUUGGCCCUACCUCCAGAGAAUCACAAAAAGCUGUCCAGAGCUCCAGCAUCUUCUCGACAUGAAGCCCUUUCUCUCAGUGUUUCAUGCCAAAGCGCAUGACUUCAAAUGUGAAGUGAAAUGGAGUGGGGGCAUAUCAAGAGGGGGCUGGACUAACCCUAGGGGAGGAGGUGGAACAGGUCAAUGCUUUCCUCUCUCGGAUAGCAGUGACCACAAAACACAUGUCAAAAGCAGGACGUACAGACAUGCUGACGCUGAUGGCCAUGCGCUGGAAUCAGCAAAAAGUCAGCAACUUGGCCACCUCACUGUCCCGCAGAUAUCUGAAGACCACAAAAGCUCUGGAAAAGCAAUUGCAGAACCUGGAGUCCAUGAAGGCUGAGUUGGCAGUGACUGAAAAGCAGCUGGAAGACUGGAUCAGAGAUGUGAAUGAGUGGGCAGAAACAACAACAAACAACCCAAGGGAUGCUGCUGCCUUGGCCAGCAAGAUCGAAAUGCUGACAGUAAGUGUCAAGAGACGUUCGCAGCGUCUCUACAAAGACACAGACAGCAACAAAGGUCGUUCGCGGAUCCGCCGCAAGAUCAGGGAUGAGAAAGGGGUCCUGACAGCCACAGUUGAGAAAUACAACUCAAUGGUUCCAAGCACAGAAGCUCUGUGCCUCCAAGCCAUUCUGUCUGUGGAGAAAGCUUGGCCAUGGCAGCUACCAAACAGUGAGUCUUUCGACCUCAGGACAAAGAGAAGAGCGUUCGACCUUGUCAUGGCAGUGAAGAGAUUACAGGAGGAGAAGAAGAUUCUCGUCACAGAAAUGAACCACCACUGGAAGGUCCUUUCAACCCGCAGUGAUUCACUGAAAGAGCUGUCCUGCCUGCAAAAUUCACCAUUGGGCCUGAGCGAAGACGUAAUGAAAGGUCUCCAGAGCAUGUUCAGGAAAAAGCAGCACGACAUCGGAGAAAUGAAGACUCAUGCGAGACGAUGCUACCAGCACGUUUUGACUGGAACAGAGACCAUCAGCUUCUUGAAAGUGUUUCAGAUGAGUCUUCUGACUGCGACUCUGACAGCUCUGAUGACACACAGUGAAGCCCCCUCCAGACUACCUUCUAUUUAUCAUCUACAUGCUCCCCCUCUGUGAAAUACUCUGCCAACAUGGUCUCAACUUCCACUCCUAUGCCGACGACACCCAACUCUACAUCAGUAGAGGUACAUCCCAGCUACCCCACUGUCACUAGUCAACUGCCUCUGCGACAUCCAAACCUGGAUGUCAACAAACCUACUGAAACUCAACAAAAACAAAACAGAGCUCAUGGUUGUGGCCCCAAAAACACUGCUCCGGAAGGUUGGAGAUCUGCUCCUCACCAUCGAUGGCUGCUCCAUCCAGCGUGGGCGUCACUCUGAACUCUAGCCUCACCUUCAACUCCCACAUCAGGUCUACUGUCAAAACUGCUUUUUUUCACUUUCGAAACAUCUCCAGACUCCAGCCCUCUCUCCCCGACCCCGUUGCAGAAACAUUAAUACAUACCAUCAUCUCCUCUCGUCUGGACUACUGCAAUGGAGUUCUGUUCGGGGUCACCAGCAAAGCCCUGGACAGGCUCCAGUACGUCCAGAACUCUGCAUUCAGGCUCCUCACCCGCACUAAGCCCUGGCAACACAACCCCACUCUCCUCCACCUUCACUGGCUCCCGGUCAAGUCACGCAUCCAGUACAGACUCCUCCUGCUAACCUACACAUUUCUCCACUCCCUAGCCCCUCCAUACAUCUCUGACCUCCUUCAGCCCUACACCCCCUCUCGUCACCUGCGGCCCUCCGACAAAAAAAAAAAGAGACAUUUCCUAAUGUCUUAAUAUGUAUGUCCAGUAAGUUUUUCUUCAGGUUGUUGAAGGCAUUUUCUAUCAUUUCAUUUUAUUCAGAUGUUAUUACAUGUCUACUCUGAAACACUAUGUAAACAAUGUCCCAUAACAAUAAAGUUGAUAACAAUUUG